AUGGCACCGACUUUCUGCAAGAGCAAUGCCGCGCAUGUUUUCCCGCCUUUCGCAGGGCAGGGGAUCAGUAGUAGGGUGCGGGAUGCGCAUCAACUCGCGUGGCGCCUUGCAAUGCUGUUGAAAAUGCGUAUCCAGUCGCAGGACAUUCGUAAUACCAUUCUAGGAGGAUGGUCACUGGAACGACGAAAGAGCGUGGACGACGCGGCAUUCGUCUCAAUGCUGAAUGGGAACAUGUGCAGCAAAGAACUGUCAAUCUGGUCGCGAGCGUUACUUCGUCUGAUGUCUGUUUUGAAUCUAAUACCGAUCCUGCGAGGCCUGACCGAUAUCACGGUGAAAAAAGAGCGCGAAGGGAUGUCGAGUGUGGAGGGCGGCUUCCUGCUCAGACAAUUUCGUGGUGGAGCAAGGAUGGCUCAGAUUAUGGUCCAGUCUCUAGGACGAGAUUCAUUCUUGUCUGAUUCCUUGUUUAUACCGCAACAAGGUAUAUUGGCACUCCUUAUAAUCAGCACUGACAAGCACGACGAACUUCACGCUAUUGCACAUACCGCCGUCAAGGCGCUGAAGAUCUAUUCUGCCGUUCUUUCGCCAGGCUUGAUUGUACUUUUCAGCCCAUAUUUGGUAAGCAGGAAUGAGAGUGGGAAGGAUGUGUACUGGCCCACAAUCGCCUCAGACAUCAAUGGAAAAAGCAGAUCGGGAUAUGACUAG